AUGAGGAAUUUAAAAGGCUUGAUAUUGCCAGUUUUGUUCGGAGGAGAAGAGCCAGAAGUAAUAAUAUCAAACGAAUCUAAUGGCAACAGGGUUAUUGGUGGCUUCUUAUUCAAUUUGUUGGAUACUCUUGCCAAGAAGUACAACGCCAGGUUGAAUACUUCAAGACUUACCAUGUCACUUUCACCCUACGAAAUUCAUCUUCUUGUUUUAAAUGGAACUAUUGAAAUAUCAGCCGCUGGUCCACUUAUUAUACAAGUUCCAGAUGAAUGGUUUUUAUAUCCAUAUUCGAUCUUUGAUUGGAAUGUGAUGUUGCCUGUUGAACAAAACAUUCCUGUUUAUAAAGUAUUUGCACACGUUUUCAAGUGGAAAGCUUUUGUUUUAAUAAUUGUUCUGUUAAUAUUGAUAUCAGCCUUAGUAACAGUUAGCGCUUAUAUUAAAGGAUCGAAUCAACAUUUCCAUAAAUUUGAUUUCUUCUUCAACAUUGAUUGCUUUCGUGGAAUUCUUGGUGGGCCAUUCUUUCAAAUACCAAACGCUUCUUUCACAACAAAACUAAUCUAUUCAUUGAUCUUCUUGCUGGGAAUAAUGAUUGUUACUUCAUACGAUGCAUUUCUUCAAUCGUUCAUGACUCAACCACCAAAAGAAAAUAUUAUAAGAUCCUUUGAUGAUUUACAAUCAACUGGUAUGAAAAUCAAUGCCUUUCAAGCUGAUAUUGAUGAGUUAUUAUACAAGUUUAGACCUCAACUUAUGCAAAAGCACUCAAAUUUAUUUCAAGCCAUAAACAGUUUUGAGGAUUUUAUAAAAAUUCGAGAUUCCUUAAAUACAACAAAUCCUUUUACUAUUACCGAACCAAAAUGGAUAAUUUAUGCAAAUCAACAAAAAUUUUAUGGUCAACAAUUGUAUCGGUGGUCUGAAGAGUUAUGCCUUUUGGAAAAUAUCCUCUUGGUCACAUCUUGGACACACUAUCAAGUGGAUUAA